AUGACUGUUUUCAGGAGAAUCAAACGAAUGUACCGAUGUCGACGUUGUUGUGUUCGAUUUGCUGUUCUGAUAGCUACAGCAUUGCUCUGUGCACUUGAAGCUGUAAAAUACAAAAACAGGCUGAAAAUUACAGGUGAGGCUCUUUUUAAAGUGCUUUCUCUGACCAUCAAUACCAUGCCGUGAUGGAAUUGAGGUCAUGUCUUCAUUCUAUGUUUUGAAUCUAAACGUUGUAAAUUGAGUCAUUCAGCGUCGAAAUCAGCAAUCUAUCACUAAAGACACAUUUUGAAAACAUUUAUUCUAUAUUCUGAUAUAUAACCGUAAGUUUGUAUUGUCAUACUGACAACUCGAUAAAGAAAAGGUCUUGAUGGUGAUGUGGUCGCUGUAGAUCAGUUUGGAUAUGAACUGGAAUGGUUAUUCUUCAGCGAGUUUCGCUGCUUGCAUCAAGCAUUUAUCGAAUUGUAAAUUCUUUCGAAAAGCAUAUCUUUGUUCUUAUCGCAUUACAUGGCGAUUCAUUUAACAUCAUGGGUAUGCUAUUGAAAACAAUAAUAUCCUGGUAAUGCUAGGCUAGUGUAACGGAGAACACGAUGAGCUCUGUCUUCGUGUAGAAGAACCAUCGGAUUCACCGCUGCUUUGAAAGGUCCUCUGUAAUCUCGGCCAGUAACACUGAAAUAUAGUUGCAUAUUUUGAGUAGGCUGCGGAGGGAUAAGUUUGGGAAAGGCGAUCAGUCCCUUAUUUCACAUAACCCACCAAUCUCCUGACCCUGACCCUGUAAAACUUGGAACAGGCCUGGAACACCCUGGAGCACCCUCGGAAAUUCCCGGAAAACCCCGGGACACCCCCCUGACAGAAUGGACCCCUUGUAAACAAAAAUAAAAGUGACCAUUUGCGUAAAUAAUUUUUUUGUUUUUCUUCUGACAGUUGAAAAGGUGUUGAUGGACCAACACUACUUAGUCUCAGCCCUUUAUAGCUAGGCCCUAACUACAGAAUAUCUAGGUAAAAUCUAAUUUGUUAGCAAGCUUUUGUUUAUAACGAGGGCUAUAACGAGUAUAUGCUUUGGAGGAUUCUAACACAUGUUCUUUGGCCUUAAAUUGGGAGGUCACGAAGCUAGUAUGUUUCCAGCCUUCCAUGCAGGCGUCUGCAUUAGUACCCCUACAGGGAAAAAAAAAUCAGAUUAACUUUGUUAAAUUAGUGCACUGAUUCUUUUGAUUACCGUGGGGUUUUUUUCAAAUCCAGAUAAAUUAUAACAAUAAUAAUUUUAUUGAUAACUAUGCUAACUAAUAAAAUCCUGUUUACAAUUAAUUCACUUAAAAAACUAUUCAGAUUUACAAUUCCUUUCGAUUAUUUUAAAAAUAUUAAUUUUAAUCAGAAAAAAUUCAUUUAAUUUAAAAAAAUAUUCGAAUUAAAACAUUUCAUCACUGUUCCAGCUAAGUACAAUAACUUUCACAUGUUGUUGGUCAUUUUGAGUCGUUGUGUUGAUUAGUGUGGGUCGUCGUGAGUCGUAUCGCCUCGUUUUAGUAACCAAGUACAGGUUCUGACAGAAUGAUAAAAAGCAUUUUACGUGGUUUUUUAGAAGUUGUAUAGUAAUACACACAAAACUUUGCCUGGAAAAACAUUGAGGAUGAGCGAUAACCCAAGCGAGACAGGGUACGAGCAAUUGACCAAUGUCAAUUGACCGAUGAUCUCGUGGAACACCUUAUCCCUAUAACUCACUAAUAGCCUCCCCCGCGGACGUUCUUCGGGAUUCGUCACGCGUUCCUGCCCCACUGGACGCGUGACGAACCCCUAAGAACGUCUACGUGGGAGGCUAUCUCACUAAGGGCUGAUACCGUUUUCCGCGUUUAAAAUCACUGUCAUUCCAAUAGUUAUAUUAUUUAUUUAUUACCAAUACAAGCCUCUUUUAUUGUUGUGUUUUGCCCCAGGUUUGCCUAAUAUAGAAAGAAAUGUAUCGUAUCAUCCGUCGACAAUGGAGCCUACUAAGGACCGUUUUCAUGAAAUUAAAGUGAGUAGUCGGUCUAUUGCAAUUGAUUGACUCGCAUGAAGGAUCAAACUUAACGAGAUAAACAAGAGUUAUCUUUUUGUCUUAUAACUAUUCACAGACACUGAGGAGAAUGGCUACACUAUUUAUUUGUCUGGAAAACACUAUUUAUUUUUCUCUAGAGAGGAUAAAGGGGACAGAGAAGGCAUCCCCCAUACACCUCCUAUUUCAUAGGUAAUUCGUCUCGAGUUAUUUUUAAGACCACAGAUCUCAAGGGGGAUUAGGCAACAACCAAUCACAUAGCGCGAAUGUGUUCCGCGUGGAUGACCCACGCUAAGAGCCAUGCGUCCUUCACGAAUUGACGCUGAACAAAAUGGCGGAAGACGCGGACAGCGAUAUUGCUAUUCGUUUUGUCGACGAAAACAACUAAAGAGAUAUCUUUACGCUUUCAUUGCCUUUCGCCCGACAUGUUUUGCACGGCGUUUAGUCAUGCGAAACCUCCACGAAACAUCCACGCAGCGCGCGAGGUAACUUUAUCCCGAUUCUAAAAAUAACUCGAGACGAAUUACCUAUGGAAUAGGGUGUGUAUGGGGGAUGCCUUCUCUGUCCCCUUUAUCCUCUCUUGAUUUUUCUGUAGUACACUUUAACUACGUCAGUGAUCUUAACCGUCAUUGCUCGCACAGUCUUCAUGAAAUUCCUACCUGCUGUAAAAGACGGAGCUGUAGAACAUCCCUAAAUUUCUUUGAUUAGUCAAUGAAAUGAAUUGUAGCUGGCGCCAAAUGUAGAAACACGCGUGUAAAUAAGCCUCGAUUGUUGUUUAUUUUACUUCUGCUAAAUCACUUUCUUUGUUCAAAAACUUACGAAAAGGAAAGAUAAAGACGGAAAAGAAAGAAGAUGACAUCUCCUUAGAAACAUAUAAGUGAAUCUAUAUGAACUAUAAAAGAUGACAAAUAAAAGUGGGAGCACAUGAGGACUUUCGUGAUUCAAAUUAUCGCUGAUAUUAAACUGAUGAUUGAUUGUUCUAUUAAUUAUCCUCUUCCCUUAUCAUGUGUGGCUUUUCAGGGAAAGUAACAAGGUUAAGAAUCCCAACUGGUAGGAGGCGAACCAGUUGGCUAUUUAGAAGCGUGACCGAGGAUUUGAGCUCGGGACCACUGUGAGCAAAUCCUGCUAGCGAUCAGUGCAGGACUUGAACUCGAGGACUCCGGAUUGCACGUCCAGUGCUGUAAUUGCUUGGCCACGCUGCUCUCUUAAAAAUACUGUAUCCGGAAAAGUGAGCCAUUAACGGUGUCGUAAAUAUUGUGUUUGCAGAAAGGGCAAAUUUCGUCUCCUGAAGGCCCGGGUAAGGAUCAUGGAAGGGAUGUACUGAUUCAUUUGGAUACGCAAACUGACAGCAGAAGUGAAGGUGGGACCUUGAAUGAGGCCGAACAUCAACAUGGAAACAUUGAAAUUAAUAAGGAUAACUCAAAUAAAAUAUUGAAUCCCAUUCAACAAAACCAAAAUGAACUGAUGGUGAAAGAGGAGCAAAACAAUAGGGACUAUGUAGAAACAAGAAAACGGAUUGAAGAAAUUGUAGGAAUCGAAAUUCAAAAUAUAGGAGACAAGAAGUGGAAAAAAACAGACGACAAUAUGGCUGUGAAGAAAGAUGCUAAAGAGAGAAAAGUAAUGAAAAGAGUCAAUGAUGACACAGGCUUGGCUGUGGUACAACGAAAAACUACCCGGCAAGAAAAAGAAAAAAAUCACAAGGAAGGAAAUGGAUUGCCAGCAAGAGGUAAGUUUCAUUUGAAAGAAAACAAAGAAAGGAAAAAAACUAAAAAGAUGAAACCGGAAAAGAAUUUAACAAUCACGAGAGAAGAUCUUCAACAGAAAAAACAAGAUACUGGUAAGUCGCCGAAAGAUCAAGCUCCUGGCGGAGAUAAAGGGGUUGAGGGCAAAGGUAUUGCUGUCGUAAUACAGAAAAAGGAAGCCAAUGAGGGUAUGACUGUUGAAAGUCAUUUAAAGGAAAGAAGGUUGAAAUCAAUAACCGCUGAACACCACGUAAAUAUGACUAAAAAUGAUCAUGGAAAAACCGCGCUCGAAAGAGGAAAUGCCACUUUAAGAGGCCCAGCAAGGUCAUCAGGAAGAAACCACACAAACAGCAAGGAUGAUAUAGUUAGAGGCUCCAUUAAAACCAACUGGAAAGAAUCAGAAAAUGUGAUAAAGAAACCAAAUAACAUCAAUCAACUAAAUAACAUGGAACCCGAAAAAAGGAAAGCAGAUGAAAACAAAACAAAACAUGAGCAUAUUUACGGUGCUAAGACUGAAGUGAGAAGAAACUACGCAAGACGCACUUAUAAAGAUACGGAUGGAACUGAAGCUAAAAUUGAAAGGAAAGAGACUAGAGGUAAACAAAGAAGAAUUAAAAUACAUGAUGAAGAGAAUGAUGUAGGAAGGAUGGAAAUAGUUGUUAGAAACGCUUUCAACAAAACAACCGUGUCAAUGAAGGGAAAGGGCAAUGACGAAGAAGACAAUAUUACGCUAAAUAAAGUGAAGAAUAUUGCCAACGGAACUAAAUGGGAGAAACCGGAGCGAAAUUUGAUGGUGGCGAUCCCGAGCCCAACCCAAACACAAAACAGCGUUGAUACGGGUAAGUGAAACAUAAAAAUCUUCAAUAAGCUAUUCUAAGAACUUUUUAAAAAUUUUGUACAAGCGUAAUUCCAAUAACUCGGAAAUGAAAAGUUCUUGUUUUCCCAAGAACAACCAGACCAAAAACAGCGCAGUACAGAAAAAAUAAUGACGAAGGGCAAAAAAGCCAUAAUUUUUAGGAUCAGUGAUGAAGACUUUUCUGCAACUGAUUAAUUUCUUGUCGUUAGAUUCCAUCCGUGGGUCACAAGGAGGAAGAGAGCAAGCUGUGAAUCAAGUGAGUGUUUUAUAUAAGGCCAAAGUAUAUAAUCUCAAUUCAGUCAAAUUAAAUAUACCUGAGUAUCCUUAAUUCUAUUACUUUGAAAUUUUUUUUUGUUUAAAAUUCCUACAGAUAUUUGUAACCGCU